AUGCGUUGCUUGGCAGCUCGGGUCAGCUAUAAGACUUUGAUUAUCAUCUGUGCACUCUUCACUUUGGUCACAGUACUUUUGUGGAAUAAGUGUUCCAGCGACAAAGCCAUCCAGUUUCCACGGCACCUGAGUAGUGGCUUCAGAGUGGAUGGAUUAGAAAAAAGAGCAGCAGCAUCUGAGGGUAACAACUAUGGGAACCGCAUGGCCAAACAACAGUCUGAGGAGGCACUCCCUCAAGAGCAGCAGAAAGCACCCCCUGUCGUUGGGGGCCUCAGUAGCAAUGGGGGAAGCAAGGUGGUAGGGCUCAAAUAUGAAGAAAUUGACUGUCUCAUAAAUGAUGAACACACCAUUAAAGGAAGACGAGAAGGAAAUGAAGUCUUUCUUCCAUUCACUUGGGUAGAGAAAUAUUUUGAUGUUUAUGGAAAAAUGGUUCAGUAUGAUGGCUAUGAUCGAUUUGAAUUCUCUCAUAGCUAUUCCAAAGUCUAUGCACAGAGAGCCCCUUAUCACCCUGAUGGUGUGUUUAUGUCCUUUGAAGGCUACAAUGUAGAAGUCCGGGACAGAGUCAAAUGCAUAAGUGGAGUUGAAGGUGUGCCAUUAUCUACACAAUGGGGACCUCAAGGCUAUUUCUACCCAAUCCAGAUUGCACAGUAUGGGUUAAGUCAUUACAGCAAGAAUUUAACUGAGAAACCCCCUCACAUAGAGGUAUAUGAAACAGCAGAAGACAGGGACAAAAACAGCAAGCCCAGUGAUUGGACUGUGCCAAAGGGCUGCUUUGUGGCUAGUGUGGCUGAUAAGUCUAGAUUCACCAAUGUUAAACAGUUUAUUGCUCCAGAAACCAGUGAAGGUGUGUCCUUGCAACUGGGAAACACUAAAGACUUUAUUAUUUCAUUUGACCUCAAGUUCUUGACAAAUGGGAGUGUGUCCGUGGUUCUAGAGACCACAGAAAAGAAUCAGCUCUUCACUGUACAUUAUGUCUCAAAUACCCAGCUAAUUGCUUUUAAAGAAAGAGACAUAUACUAUGGCAUCGGGCCCAGAACUUCAUGGAGCACGGUUACCAGGGACCUAGUCACUGACCUCAGGAAAGGAGUGGGUCUUUCCAACACAAAAGCUGUCAAGCCAACCAAAAUAAUGCCCAAGAAGGUGGUUAGGUUGAUUGCAAAAGGGAAGGGAUUCCUUGACAAUAUUACCAUCUCUACCACAGCCCACAUGGCUGCAUUCUUCGCUGCUAGUGAUUGGCUGGUAAAGAACCAGGAUGAGAAAGGUGGCUGGCCAAUUAUGGUGACCCGUAAGUUAGGGGAAGGGUUCAAGUCUUUAGAGCCAGGGUGGUACUCUGCUAUGGCCCAAGGGCAAGCCAUUUCUACAUUAGUCAGGGCCUAUCUGUUAACAAAAGACCAUAUGUUCCUCAAUUCAGCUUUAAGGGCAACAGCCCCUUACAAGUUUCUGUCAGAGCAGCAUGGAGUUAAAGCUGUGUUUAUGAAUAAACAUGACUGGUAUGAAGAAUAUCCAACCACACCUAGCUCUUUUGUUUUAAAUGGCUUUAUGUAUUCUUUAAUUGGGCUGUAUGACUUAAAAGAAACUGCAGGGGAAAAGCUCGGGAAAGAAGCAAGGUUCUUGUUUGAGCAUGGCAUGGAAUCCCUUAAAGCCAUGCUGCCCUUGUACGACACUGGCUCAGGAACCAUCUAUGACCUCCGUCACUUCAUGCUCGGCAUCGCUCCUAACCUGGCCCGCUGGGACUAUCAUACCACCCACAUCAAUCAGCUGCAGCUACUUAGUACCAUUGAUGAGUCACCAAUCUUCAAAGAAUUUGUCAAGAGGUGGAAAAGCUACCUUAAAGGCAGCAGGGCAAAGCACAACUAGAGCUCACAACCAAAAUCAUAUUUCAGCCUCUGCUGUACACAGAAACUACAGGCUCUGUCUCAGCAGAGCAUAGGCACAUUUUAAAAGGUGUGUACUAGGUUUUUGUGGACUGUAUCAAAGUGAUAAGUAAUCCUUAAAACCAGUCUUCUGAAAUAAUUGCAUUCCAUGAGUUGGGUGUUUAGAAAUGUGGGUGGCAUUUAGAGAAGAAAGUGAUGAAGUCAAGGGCCUGAACAAAGGUGUUUAACUUUGCCUUGCUUGUUACCCUGUACAGUUCCACACUUGGUCCAGUCACUCUCAGUUUGGGAAAGAUAAUGGUAAGUGGCUAUCACCAGCCAACUGUCUGGCACUUACCUGAAAACUUAGUAUGGAGCUCUUUUGAAAUGUGAUUAUCUAUAUUUAUGUUGAA